AUGCCGGUUCGUCGGGGGCACGUCGCUCCUCAGAACACUUUCCUGGAUACAAUCAUCCGAAAAUUUGAGGGGCAAAAUCGUAAAUUCAUCAUAGCUAAUGCACGGGUGGAGAACUGUUCAAUCAUCUUCUGCAAUGAUGGUUUCUGCCACAUGUGCGGCUUUACACGUGCUGAGGUGAUGCAGAAGCCAUGUACCUGCAGCUUCCUGUAUGGGCCUCACACAGGCAGGUCGGCCAUGGCUCAGAUGGCCAAGGCGCUUCUCGGCUCAGAGGAGAGAAAGGUGGAGAUUUCUCUCUAUAGGAAAGAUGGAGUGUGUUUUCCAUGCUUCGUGGAUGUGGUGCCAGUAAAGAAUGAGGAUGGACAGGUCAUCAUGUUUAUCCUGAAUUUUGAGCCGACAGAUCAACAGGAAAGUGCAGCUAAGAGCUCACCAGUGAAGGAACAAAACCUCAGACUCUCUUUUCCAUGGCUCUCCAAAGCUUGUCGACACAGGUUCAGACUGCCCCGUCCAUUGUUGCCAUCCCUCCAUAGCAGCAAGCCGUCUCUGCACGAUGACGCCGAGUUUGGCCACAUGCACAAGAUGUCCCACAUGGGCCACGAGUCCGUGGCACUUGACAAGCUGCUGUCCCUUCCAGAACGUUCUGCACUAGGGGGUGACCCCUUGCUUUUGUGGGAUGACAAACCACCUCUGGAGCCUCACUCAGAGCUACCGAGUUCGUCACCAUCCCAGCCUCACUGUCAAGGUUUUUCACAUUCCUCUUCAUGGCUAAACUGUCCAAAAAACUCCCCCUCCAACUGCAGCAUGUCUCACAGCCGCUCGUGUGAAAGCCUGUGUAGCACCAGCCAUUCACCUACCACGAAGGACCUCGCCUGGAACAAAAAACUGCCCGUCAGACCACACAGCGCAGGUUCCAUGCAAUGUAAAGCCAGUUUACCCAACUCUACAUCAGACUCAGACCUGAUACGAUUCCGCAUGCUAAAUCGAGGUCCUGUAGCGACACACAACUUAAACGAUUUCAAACCAGAUCCCUUGGUCACUCUGCCUUCUAGUGAGAUAGAUAUCAUUGCUCCAUGCAAGCUGAUUGACCGCACCCACAAUGUGACAGAGAAGGUAACACAGGUACUGUCUCUAGGUGAUGACGUCCUUCCUGAGUACAAGCUCCAGGCUCCUAGAAUCCAUAAAUGGACCAUUCUCCACUACAGUCCCUUCAAGGCCGUUUGGGACUGGGUCAUUCUUCUGUUGGUCAUCUACACAGCAAUUCUUACUCCUUAUUCAGCCUCGUUUCUACUCAGCGAUGAGGAAGAGGCUGCCAUGCAGCGCUGUGGCUACUCCUGCAGUCCUCUCAACGUGGUAGAUUUCAUAGUGGACAUUAUGUUUGUCGUCGAUAUCGUUAUCAACUUUCGUACAACGUACGUCAAUGCCAAUGAUGAGGUGGUCAGCCAUCCUGCCCGCAUUGCUGUGCACUAUUUCAAAGGCUGGUUCCUCAUCGACUUAGUGGCUGCUAUUCCAUUUGAUCUGCUCAUCUACCGCUCUGGAGAAGAGACAACAACUCUAAUUGGUUUGCUGAAGACCGCCCGACUGCUGCGACUGGUUCGCGUGGCACGUAAAUUGGACCGAUAUUCAGAGUACGGUGCAGCAGUGCUUUUCCUGCUCAUGUGCACCUUCGCACUAAUCGCCCACUGGCUGGCAUGCAUCUGGUAUGCCAUAGGAAACGUAGAGAGAAGCGGAUCUUCUCGAAUUGGCUGGCUAGAUUCGCUUGGUGAACAGCUUGGCAAGCCCUAUAAUGCGACAAUUUCAGGAUCAGGACCCUCCAUUAAAGACAAGUAUGUUACUGCUCUUUACUUCACCUUCAGCAGCCUGACCAGUGUGGGCUUCGGAAAUGUCUCACCAAACACCAACUCGGAGAAGAUCUUCUCUAUUUGCGUUAUGCUUAUUGGUGCUCUAAUGUAUGCCAGCAUCUUUGGGAAUGUGUCAGCGAUUAUCCAGAGACUUUACUCUGGAACAGCUCGCUAUCACACUCAGAUGCUCCGGGUACGAGAGUUCAUUCGCUUCCACCAGAUCCCCAAUCCACUCAGGCAGAGACUAGAGGAGUACUUCCAACAUGCUUGGUCCUACACCAAUGGAAUUGACAUGAAUGCAGUGCUCAAGGGAUUUCCUGACUGCUUGCAGGCAGAUAUCUGUCUACACCUGAAUCGAUCCCUGCUGCAGAACUGUAAAGCUUUUAAAGGAUCCACCAAGGGCUGCUUGCGUGCCCUAGCCGUGAAAUUUAAGACAACCCACGCUCCUCCAGGAGACACCUUGGUGCACGCGGGAGAUGUCAUUUCGGCCCUCUAUUUUAUUUCCAGAGGCUCUAUUGAAAUCCUACGGGGAGAUGUGGUAGUAGCAAUUUUGGGAAAGAAUGACAUAUUUGGUGAACCCAUACACCUGUAUGGAAGGCCUGGCAAGUCCUGCGCCGAUGUAAAAGCACUGACCUACUGCGACCUGCACAAGAUCCACAGAGAGGAUGUUCUAGAGGUUCUAGACAUGUAUCCAGAGUUCUCAAACAACUUCUGGGGCAAUCUGGAGAUCACCUUUAACCUAAGAGAUACGACCAUCAUUUCGGGGGCAGUAAAAAGUGAGAAGUCAGGGAAGGCCUACAUGAAGAAUCAUGCCAACAGGUCAAGACUCUCUUCCCACAGAAAUGACACAGUGAAGACUGAAGCCAAACUCAACCAGACUCUUCAGCCUGUAAACCAGAAAACAAUGCAGCAAGAGGACAAAGGGCACACGAUUAACAGGGUCUUGGAUUCCUCAUCCUCUCACCACAGCAGUGAUGAAGAGGAUGAAUCUAGACAAUCCUUUUUUCAAAGUCACACUACAGGCUUCCAUAUCGGCAAUACCAGAGAGCAGACCAGCUGUAACACCCUCUCAGAAGCUUUUUCAGGGGUCUCCAAUAUCUUCAGUUUCUGGCGAGAAAACGUUGGUCAUCAGUACCAGAAGUUGCCCUGCCACAGCAUGUCGCGCCCACCUCCUUCAUCUCCAUCUAUGAGUUUCUCACACAAUAACAGCCACCGCCAAUGUAGCGAAGUGGAAAACAGACUUGAAUUGCUGCAGAGACAGCUUAAUAGGCUGGAGACACGAAUGUCCACAGACAUUGGGGCCAUCAUGCAGUUUCUUCAGAGGCAGAUGGCUAUGGUUCCUCCAGCCUACAGUGCUGUUAGUUUUCCCGCCGAACUGUCUCCAAACCCGCCCAAACUUGGACAGAAGUUGGUGCAACCAGUCAACCCUUUAGAAACAGAGCGACCAGACAUUCACUCUAAGAUACGAGAUUCUAAGGACCAAGACAACAUAUGUACUAAGAUAUGUGGGCCACAGAAUAGUGAGGAGCUCCAGCUACUAGACUGUCCACUGGCUUCCUCUCCUAAGAGUUGCGAAUUUGACCAAAACCUUCAAACAUCUUGUGCAGAUGUAGGGCCACUGAGCAAGGCCAACAGUCCUGACAGACAACCAAAAGGCAUGACUGGUCAUCCAUGGCAUUCUACUUCAGGAAAGGAAUCCAACGAAGCAACCAACCUUCAGUGUGCUCAACUCAGGCCUAAUUUGACAUCUUCUAAAUGUGGAAGACGGCUUUCUUUUCAAGGACAACAGCUAACUGAGAAGUGCUCGUCAGUUCAGCAAAGGCAUGCGUCUGAUCCAGGAUGCUAA